UGCUCCUCUCGUGUCGGGUGUCCGGAGCGCCAGCGCUCGACCCCGAGAGGAAAGCAGUUCCAGUGGGAUCGGCUGGUCCCAACCGAAGAGGAGAGCUCGCCUGGCUGGGAAGGGAGCGACAGAUCGGAGGCGCUGACUGAACUCAAUGGACAGCCUAUGAGCAGAGCUGUGUUAAUUGAAAAUAGUUUGACUGUGCGAUGAUGAGGGCGCAGCUCCGAAAACUGAUCUUGCUCCUUCUUCUUCUGGACAACUCCCUCGCCACCCUCCACGUGUCCCAGUGGCCUCGGAGGUUGGAGGUCCCGAGUGGCUCCAACGUGACGCUGCACUGCGAAGUUCUGGGGCUGACGGAGCCCCGGGUGAUCAUCUACCCUUAUUGGGUGAUCGGCGGGACGGAGGAGCGAGAAGAGGAACGUGUCAUCUACCCGCCCCCACAGGAAACCCGGCCGGAAGACGCCCUACCUGAGAGUGAGAUCGGCACGGGACUCUCCCUCCAACUCCGGCACCUCCGCCCGAGCCACUCCAACACCUACCGCUGCCUGGCGUCCGUUCAUCUUCCCGACCGGCGGCUGCUGCUCCGAGGGAACGGGACCGUGCUCCUGGUACGAGACAUCUCGCUCGCCACCCUCUCCGUGUCCCAGUGGCCUCGGAGGUUGGAGGUCCCGAGUGGCUCCAACGUGACGCUGCACUGCGAAGUUCUGGGGCUGCCGGAGCCCCAGGUGAUAAUCUACCCCUAUUGGGUGGUCGGCGGGACAGAGGACGAGGGAGAGGAACGUGUCGUCUAUCCGACUCCCGAGGGAUCCCGGCAGCAAGAUGCUCUCCCUGAGUGUGAGAUCGGCACGGGACUCUCCCUCCAACUCCGGCACCUCCGACCGAGCCACUCCAACACCUACCGCUGCCUGGCGUCCGUUCAUCUUCCCGACCGGCAGCUGCUGCUCCGAGGGAACGGGACCGUGGUCCUGGUACGAGGUUCUCCUCGGGAGCCACUGCCUUUUUACAUCCUGCUCGUCCUGAAGACGCUCGCACUCCUAGUCCUGACCACCGUGUACCGGCUCCCAAAGAGCAACAGCGAACCCGCGCACCGAGCGCCCCCUGGCGGUCGUUCCGUAAAGUGCGGACUCUGAGGCGACAGGGACAGCGGAGAAAAAGCCCCAUCACUGCUGGCGGACCCAGGACACUUCCUGAAGUACCUCCUCUUGCAGCCUGGACUGUGCCAGCAACCAGCUUUCUCCCACCGACACCUCACUGUCAGGAGAGACCAACAAAUUUCCGACAGACCAAAGGACGUCCUUCAUCGACCCGAUGAUCUUCUAGUAGAACUUGAUGCCCGUCUGUGUGUGACCUGGGAAAUAGUCUGUUUCUCAGAGAAUCCUUCGUUUCACAGCUGAUGGGGAUUAACCCGAUCACAGCCGUCCCGAAGGUAACGUGUUGUGGUAAUGAUAGAGGAAGGUUCCUACCGGGAGGAACAUUUUCAGCUCAGCCUAGCGAUGUCUUUGUGCUUGUUACUGCGAUCAGGCGAUGCGGCGUUCUGCCGUUUGCUCAGCGAUUCACCCCACGGCCUCUCGUUCUUAAAUUCAUAGUGAAUGCUUUCAUUAGUGUUCGAUUACACUCCUUAAUACCAAUAGGAUCGUUGUCACUCAUGUUCACUACUACAGUAAUUAAGGAGCUUCCUCACCCAACCCGGCCCCUCCCUCUCCAGUAGUGAAGGCCCUUCCUCAUCCUGCCCUGCGGUGCCUGAACCCGGCUUCAGCGCCUCCAUUAGCACGGUGUCUUGUCGCCAUUCGGCAGCUCCCAUCCACGGACAUCUCGAUGAUCAAUGAGGUCGGGCGGAUCAAAGGCGCCUUUCACCGAGUUGAUGAUCUGCCGGCUGCGCUUGAUGUCCGUUUCUUUGUCUGUCCCUGCGAACAGCCCGGAGAUGAGAGAGUCCUCUGUCACGCAACUGCUCGGGAUGAACAAUGAAACACGACUUCUCACCUUUCUCACCUCUCCACAUCAUUCACUGCAGACCCUGCCGCCGCAAACACCUCCCGUCAAUCAAUGCAUUCCGGGUUCUUUCCUGCAGCGUCGUCUGAUCCAUCCAUCUGAUUGGCUAUACAUCUGUGACUGACAGCGGCUGGUUCGUUCCCGGAGAAACACUCGCAACGCGCUGGAGGAACUCAUCAAGUCGGGCAGCAUCCGUGGAAAGGAUCAGUCAAUGUUCCGGCCCGAAACGUUGACUGAUGCUUUCCACGAAUGCUGCCCGACCUGCUGAGUUCCUCCAACGUGUCGUGCGUGUUGUAAUAACAUUUCAGUAUUGAUUAAAGAAGGUAAUACGAUUGUUACUGAAACAGAGAAGGUUGAGUUACUGACUUGGUCAUUUGCUGCAAUUCAUAAUCAAGAUUAUUUAGGUGAAGAGGCUAAACAAUGUAGAGAUAAGAUUCUAAGUGAAUACCCUGAUAUGUUAAAAGUUAGCUACAGCAAUGAUAGUAUUAGAGAUGUAGAGUUUUCUUUGUGUGAAUUUAUGAAAGCUAUUAAUAGUACAGGUCAGACGGCUCCAGGAACGGAUGAUGGAAAACAUCACUCUGGGGUGUGCAGGCGUUUUCAUUAUUACGAAACAGUUGAACACAUUCUUCUGCAAUGUGAAGCAUACAAGGUGAAAGAAAGCAAUGCAGGCUGCACUACUAGC